CGUAAAAAGUAGUUUGGGGCUACAGCACUGUGUGUGUUCGCUGUCAUGGAGUCGCGGGAGAAAAAGCGCCGUUUCCCAACAUUGUUUUGCUGCCUGUUAGUGUUGUGUACGCAGCCAAGCCUGGGUUUGACUGGAGACUGUCCUGGAGACGGACGCACUUGGGUGCCUUUUGGAGACAGAUGUUACCACUUUGUCCAUGGAGAAGAAGACAAAAUCAAAAGCUACUCUUUUGAGAGAGCAAAAUCUCUCUGCCAAGGCUUUGAGCUUUUGACCGUCCAGAGUGCUGAGGAGAAUGACUUUGUCGUUAAUUAUAGCCCAGAGGUGUGGAAAGGCAUUGUCAACAUGUGGCUGGGAAUGUACUAUGACACAACCAGUGAAAACAUGAAGUGGUUCGGUGAGGACCCUGUGAAAUUCACUAACUGGGAAGACAGCUACUCUCCAUCAGACCUUGUGCCUGUAGAUUCAUGUGUGGCUCUGCAUAGCAACACAGGAAAGUGGGAAGCUGUCAGCUGCCAGGAUGAACUGGAGAACGGUGUGGUCUGUGAGGCAGCUCAGGCAGAGGAAGCCAGGAAAAAACCGAGUGCAUUGCUGUCGGCCCUGGUCAUUCUCAGUGUUGUAGCCAUCAUGGGAGUCUCUGCAGUUAUUUGGUUCCUGCACCAGAAGCAUAAUCUUGGCUCUACUAUCCUCACAGCGUUUGAGUACCACCCUCCAUUCAGAGUCCUGGACACAGACCGGUCCUGCCUGGUGGAGGCAGAAGAGACGGACAGCAUGCCAUAGGAAACUAUAGUACAUGCUUUCUUCGCUAGGUGAAUUCCGCUCUUAAAACAGUUACUGAAGCGGUCUUGGGUUAGCACAAUGUCUAUGACUCAGACUACUGUAGUGUGAUUGAGAAAACUGACGCCAUUACUAAUCCCCCACUGUGGCACAUCCUAAAAAUCUCACCACUUCUGCUUUUUUUUUUUUUUGUCAUCUGCACUAACGAAGAAUCAUCCUUAUACAUUUUUUCCAAUCAGUGCAUUUAGCUACAGCCUGGUGAUCAUGUCAUCUGUGAUUGGAUGUACAGUAACAUCAGACUAUUUAUGAGGCACUACACAUUGUUUGGAUAACUUUUGGGAUCUUUAUUUUUCUCUCAUAUUGAAAGUAACUCACUACUGCUUAUAUAAAGAAGAAUAUAUUAACUGAAGAACAAAUCAUACUUUGAGCAGGAAGAAAUAUCCUGUUCAGUAUUUUAUUCCCAUAAAAUUGGGGAAUAGAGGGAGAUUAUACAAGCAACAGCACAAAUCACUGUAGCCGAGAUUGAUGAUUUUUUGCCCGUUGUUGGUUGAAUUUCUUUUUUUGUUAUCACCCUCCCCGCCUGUUAAAUGCUCAUGUCUCUCUCUGCUUCUCAUCUUGCGUAAAAUAGUAGUGGAGGUUCCCCCUUAGUAGUAUUCACAGAAACAGGAAUUCUCAAUCACACACUAUCAAAACCACACGUUAGCUUAAUCAGCAAUUGUUGUGUGAGCAGUCGCUUAAUUACUCCAUGUGUGUAAAUGUUG